CUCAGAUUUGUUGAUGCCAAGAAUUCCUCCCCAUACUUAGUAUACUGCCGCUAUUCACCGCUGAGGAAUACAGCCAAUCAGAAGCCUUGCAGAUGACGCGAUUGCAAGGUAUCCAGAAAAAAAGCGCGAGUGUCUGCUCGGGUUGUUCAGCAGCUGAGCUCCUUAAUCGGAGUGCCCACUUCUCCGCCUCCGUCAUGGACUUUCGUGGUCUUGAAAGUGCAUCUUGCCUCGAGGUCAACUUUCCACGGCAGUCGCCUGUUCAGACAUCAUGAGUUCUCUCCGCGGUGCUGCUCGUUCAGCGGCCAGGACUUUGAGAGCUGCCGGAUGGACCCAGCCCAAUGAUGCUGCGGGCCCUUUGACGAGACAGGCGCGGCUUAUAAAUAGUCCUCCAGCAUUGUCUGCGACUACCACCCGAUCGAUUCGAACUUAUCAGCCUAAAAAGGCGCAACCUGGCGUCGCAGAACAGAGAGACUCUUCCUCGAAUCCGGCUCUGUCGUUUCCUUGUCUCGAUGCACAAGAAGCAAGGUCCGCGUCUCUCUCCGCGAGGUCUGACCAAUCCGGCCCGGAGCCAUCGUACACGACGGGACAUCACGAACAAUUCAAAUGCAAAGAACCGUUGCUGUUGGAUUGGGGUGGAAUACUGCCGGAGUUCGACAUAGCAUACGAGACCUGGGGCCAAUUGAACGCAGACAAGACCAACGCCAUUCUCUUGCAUACCGGUCUCUCCGCCUCCAGUCAUGCCCAUAGUACGGCGGCCAACCCGAAGCCAGGUUGGUGGGAGAAGUUUAUCGGACCGGGUGCUCCAGUGGACACAAAUAAGUACUUUGUGAUCUGCACCAACGUGGUCGGAGGAUGCUAUGGUAGCACGGGCCCCUCAUCGAUCGACCCCUCAGAUGGCAAGAGAUAUGCUACAAGAUUCCCGAUCCUUACCAUUGACGAUAUGGUUCGUGCACAGUUCAGACUGCUAGAUGCACUGGGUAUUAAGAAGCUCUAUGCGUCGGUUGGAUCUAGUAUGGGCGGUAUGCAGAGCCUGGCUGCCGGUGUCUUGUUCCCUGAGCGAGUGGGCAAGAUUGUCAGUAUUAGCGGUUGCGCACGAAGUCACCCAUACAGUAUUGCUAUGAGGCAUACCCAGCGACAGGUGCUGAUGAUGGACCCCAACUGGGCCCGUGGCUUCUACUACGACUCAAUUCCCCCGCAUUCUGGAAUGAAGCUUGCUCGUGAGAUCGCCACUGUGACAUACAGAAGUGGUCCCGAAUGGGAGAAAAGAUUUGGACGAAGGCGCGCGGACCCAAGCAAGCAGCCAGCUCUCUGCCCUGACUUCCUCAUCGAGACUUAUCUUGACCACGCCGGAGAGAAGUUCUGUCUCGAGUAUGAUCCGAACAGUUUGCUGUACGUCUCAAAGGCGAUGGACCUAUUUGAUCUGGGCUAUGAGCACCAGACGGCCACCCUACAGAGGAGAAGUGAGAAUCAAAGAAAGAUUUCCGAAGGCUCGCGGAAUAUCCGCGACACUGAUGUCGCCUGCAGCCUCACCCUUCCGGCCAAGCCUUACGAGGAACAGCCAUCUCAAACUCCCACUACGCCAAUGGACCAGUCCGUUGCGGGCAGUCAGGGUCAAAGUGAGGAUCCUCACGGGCCACCCGCCGACCUUGUCGCAGGUCUUUCUCCAUUGAAACACCACCCAGUUCUUGUCAUGGGUGUGGCAAGCGAUAGCUUAUUCCCUGCGUGGCAGCAACGAGAAAUUGCAGAUACACUUAGGGCAGGAGGGAACACCCGUGUUCAGCAUAUUGAGCUGGGUGAGGAUGUGUCCCUCUUUGGACAUGACACAUUCCUUCUCGACUUGAAGAAUAUUGGCGGUAAAGUCGGAGAGUUCUUGGGUUGACCUGGAUGACCUCCUCUAUAAUGUCUUGAGUUAUGCGGAUGUUGUCAUGGGCGAAAAAAAAAAGUUGGCAAGUGCAUAGGAAGGCGUUUAUUAGUUUUUUGAGUCCGGAACGCAUCAGGCUAUUCGAUUCUGUGUCCAUAUCCCGUUGUAUAUAUUGAUGAUAACCCACCACUUGAAUGAUACCAAUUCUUACUCAUUU